UUGCAGAUGUGAAGAACGCAUUUCCCAAACCAGAUUCAAAGGGGAACUCCCAUCCGAAGUGGAAUCAUGAGCGACACGGUGGUCCAUGCGGCCAGUCCUCCGCCUCACAUACUUGGCUACACCGUUCGUAGCCCCACUCGCAUCUGGGUCUCCUAUAUAGUGCCCACCUGCCUGGGACUGCUGGUGUACAUUGUCCAAACCGCCUCGGAUUUGGCCCUGAGCUACCAGCACUUCAGCCAGACGGAGCCGGGACUGGGAGCUGGCACGCUGGUCCUGGUGAUCCUGCCCCCCAUCAUCACCUUCAUCCUGGUGGCGGCUUCGAAGGCACAAAGGGAUUGCGCCUGCUUGGAACGCAAUAAGUGCGUGGCCCUUGGCAUUGGAAUGCUCAAGCUGUUCCUGUUCCCGUUUUUUGUGAUUUUCAGGUUCUGUACGCGCUUGUUUUGGGCCAUCGAGGGACUCUUCCACGACGACGACGAUGUGGAGCGCAUGAAGUGCUUGGCCAAGGCCACACAAACCUCCAACAUUGAGUUGUAUCUGUUUGUUCAGGCUUACGCCCAGGCAGCUCCUCAAAUCAUUCUCCAGCUGUACCACAUGCUCGUCCAGGAUAUGUUCCGCAACUACGAGACCUCUGCUGUUCAGUCCUUGUCGCUGGUGUUCUCAGCCAUUGAUCUGGCUGCCAUAACCACCAGUUACCACCGGAUGGAAAGCCAGCGGAGGGUGGGUCGCCAUUAUCCUUGGGCCACACCGCAACAGGUGGACACCCAUCGCUGUCAGCUGGAGCAGAACGAACGCCUGUGCUGUGAGGCUGAGCGGAAGAAACGCGAGUCCGAGCGCACCAUCACCAGUUUCCCGGAGUCCGACAAGAUCAUGGAGAACUUUCGAGCCCGCCGGUCACUGCCCAAUUCUGGUGAGGGCACCCAUGAGCUGCAUAUUCAGGGCGAGGAUGAGGUGGACAACGAUGGCCUGGAGCAACUGGAAACGCGAGCACUACUGCACUCCCGACCAAGAGGCAAUGCCACCGAUGAGGAGAAGAUACAGGGUACAAGGCCCAAACUGAAGGUGCGAUACGAGGACCUGGGCGACUUGAACACCAUCGAGGUGUUAGACAGCAUACCCGAGACACCAGCACCGCCACCGCCUCCUAAAACUGCGCCACCAGAAUUGCCCGUUCUGAUGCCAACCGAGGAUGAUCCUCCAACGCCGGACUUGCGACGAACCAUGUCGGAUAAUGAACACAGAAAGAGUCGUCGCGUGACUAGACCGCUGUCCCAGCUGGAAACCUUCAAGGACAUGCUGCUGGUUAAUGCCCAGCUGUACAUCAAAGAGAAUGUGCCACAUCCGCCCAAGCUGCUGAUGGGCAGGCUCAAGGACGAGGAUACCGAGGAGCAUAGUGUUCUGAUUCCCCAAUCACCCAAACCAUCACCUUUGACGCCCAAGGACGUGGUGGACUUUUACUUUCCGCGGCCCACCAAAAUAGUGAAUGGCAUACAGCAGGAUGAUUUCGCCGGCAGGACGGUUUCCUUCUUCGGAUGGAUUGCCUUCAUCAGCAUGAGGAUGCUGUCGUUGUCCACCUUCUGUGUCUUCUAUCCGAAGGCAUUCUUCAUCCUGGUGGGCGUGCACUACGCCCUGAUGCUGGGCUGCCUGGCACUGGAAACCCGUUGUCGUGGUGGUUGGAGUCGCAGCCUGUUCUUACUUCUUCUCGCCUACAUCUACAUAUUUGUGCUGAUGGAAUUCCGCGUGUCCUUCAAGAACAUUCGACUGUGGUAUGGUGGAUACCUGGUGCUCACUCUCGUCGAGAACAUUACCAUAUCCUCCAUUUGGUACGCGAACGAGGAGUUCGAGUCCUGGUGGUUCGGUUUCAUCUGGGAGUGGAUCGUUUACAGUGGUAUCCUGUUUCUGGCCACCCUCAUCGUUUAUUACUGUAUACUCCGGCCCAAGGAGGUGUCCCUCAUAGUGGAGGACGACUCCACGCAGGAGAAUCAACAGGAAAGUCCUGAGGACCAGGCCGUUGCCUAGCAGUUUCCGGGUAGUUUGCUAGUUUGUUAUAUCGAAGUAGAUAGAGUAUAAGCCGUCAGUCUGUUACUGGCAAACGAAUAAAUUAUUUACCUUAGUAUUAGAU